GCGCAGUUGCAGAAUUUAUAACAGGAGCCACAAUGGCGGUUGUCGUCUCUUGACAGGGCUGUGGAUGUUAUUAAAUCCACUAUCAUCGCCCUAAAGAUAGGCCUGGUUGAUUCCCAGAGCCAUUAAAAAUAAACUGGAACAUCUACUGCACAUGAAAAUACUAUAAUUUCUGAUCAAUAUCAAAUUAACAAGAGAUAAAAUUAUAUUAAAAGGGACCAUGUAAACAGUACCAACCGGGUCAAGUUUUCAUUUUGUUCGAGAAACAACAUCGGCUGUUAAUGACGGCUAACUGUUUGUUUAUUGAACUCCAAAACCGUAAAUCUAAGGAACAAUAACACCUAAACUAACCUUGGCACCGGACAAGGGAAGCUAAAAGAAAAGGGACUUAUUUUUUUCUUUCGUUUUUUUACCAAACAGCAUGCUAGCUACACAGAGCUAGCUAGCCAAAUAGAAACGGAGAAGAGGGCACAAUGCUCCGAUUUAUUGUUUGGGCCUUUUCAGCCAGUUUCUCUAACUAGCUAAAUGCACAGGCCUUCAUUUUAGUGGCGUUUUUUGGCACUAGCAACCUUGAUUUUUCUGCUUUGACAAACCAUGCUGCCGAACAACUUGGAUAAUGCGUGAGGACUAAAGCUGGGCACACUAUUUUCCAUUUUGUCGGUUUGCUUAGAACACUGGAUCUCAUUUUACCGGAUUUCUGAGUACUACUCUCCCGUUAAUGUAUUAUCUCGGCUACAGAGGCCCACGCUCGGGAGAGGUUCCGCCGCUGACGUGAGGAAUGCCUGGGUCGGAUAGACACCAUGGGACCAAGAGGAAGCCGGAAUCCAACAGUAGCAUUGCCCUGCCGUCCCAAACAACGAGUGGUAACAGCGGGCUACACCAGCCCCUGGUCCUGCCUCAUACCUCUGCGGGCAACAUGACGAGCAAGGACGGUAACCUCCAGUCAAAGUCGUCAGUGCCAUCUUCCAAGCGCAAACGGCAUAAAUCAGCCAAAUAUGGACGUGAGUCCGAGGUGGCUCAGGGCCCUGGUUUUUCUGCCCUCACCUCCACAGCGCCUCCUUCGGUUAGCGCCGUGAAGCCGCUGGUAGAAUAUGACGACAUAAGUUCAGAUUCGGAUACUUUUUCGGACCCGCCUGCUGAAAGAGGGUCUGGGGAUCGGUUAGAACCUGUCCCAGAUUAUAGUGAUGGGGGCGGGGCUGUUGGUAGAGAUGGUCGGGAACACAAGCACCGACACUCUCGCAAAAAGUCGAAGGAUCCCAACAAAGUUAGAGACUCUGGGGAAGGGGGUCAGAGUACCAAGAAAAAAAGCAGCAAAGACCGUGAGAGAGGGAGCUCUGGGAAAGUCAAGGAGAAGGUGGCCUCCCUGUCCUCUGUAGCAUCCCUGUCCUCCGGGUCACGGCGUCAGGGUCAGAUGGAGGCUGACUUGGGGCCAAAGCGUGGAGAGUUGCCCCCUUCCUCCUCCCAGGCCCAAACUGCAGCCAGUGUGGGAAGCACCACAUCCUCCUCCUCGUCAUCUCGCAGCAAGGAGGGUGGCCGCUCCGGGAAGUCUCGCAAGGAUAAGCCACAGAAGACAGAGGGGCGUGAGGGUCGGGGGGAUGCAACCGCCAGCCAGAGCACCUCUGCCUCUCAGAAGGUCCGGACGGAUAGGAGCCAACGUAAGUCCUCAAAGAGCCACAAGUCCAGCCCUAAGGGCAAGGGGCAGCCUUCCUCGAGCAGGGGGAGCCCUCGCCGGAAGGUAACAGCCCCUACACAGUCCCCCAGCCCCCCAAGGAGAGGGGGUAAUGGAAGCCCCACGGUCGGUGGUUACAGCCAGGAGGUGGACAGCUACCACCACCAGAGACGCAGGCCGGCUCCACAGAGCCCCAGCCCCUACAGGGAGAUGUCCAGGCGGAGCAGGCAGAGGUCUGACAGCCCUUAUGCCAGCAGGCAGAGGUCUUCCAGCUAUGAGCGAGACGACAGCCCCUACUCCAGGAGACGCUCCAUCAGUCCCUAUGGUAACCGCAGGUCCUCCAGCACAAGCCCUGUGUCCCGGCGCUCAGUUCGCUCCCGGAGUCGCUCACCGCCUUUCUCCUCUUCCCGUCGCUCCUCCUCUCGCUCUCGCAACAAGAAGCAUUCAUCCUCUGCCGGGGGGGGCGGGUCUCACAGCAGCCGGCCCACCAGCCGCUCCCCACCCUCCUCCCGCCUCCCACUCAACUCCAGCCUGGGGGCGGAGCUUAGCCGGAGGAAGAAGGAGCGCCAGGCUGCGGUGGCUGCAGCUCGCCCCCCCUCCCCUCCACCUUCGUCACGCAAGACCAAAGGAUCCACCUCACGCCCUCCUAAAGCUGAGCCCGAGAGAAUACCUGAGAGAGACUCUGUCCAAGCCACGGACCUCCAGCCUCCACCCAUUGCACACCAGCCCCAGGACACUCUUGUUGGCGAAGAACACGGCUCUGCAUCUCCACCCUCCACCUUCUCAUCUCCUGCUCCCCCUUUGCCCCCCGGUCAGACGACCCCACUACCUCCACCUCCUCUGCCCUCCGCCCCUGUCGCCCAACUUCAGCCACCUACACCCCAGGGCCAGACUGAGGCCAGCCUCGCACCCUCCACAGCCCUCUCCUCCUCCUCAUUGUCGUCUCCCCAGUCCAAAUCUCCUGCCCCCAUGCCCACACGCAGCCCUGCCCGCCUGACACCCAUCCACAAGACCUCCACUCUGCCCCCCCUGCCUUUACCACCCAUGCUAGUGGGAGACUGUCAGGACAGUCCGAAGAAGUCCACUCCUCCUCAGAGGUCUUCCAGGAAGGAGAAAGAGGUGCGGAAUCGGCCGUCUCUGAUCGACCUCCCGCUGCCCCCCACGCUGGCCGGAGGAGACCCAUCGCCCCCCCAGUCCCCCAUCUACAGAGCUCCACCUCCGCCCCAGUCCGCUCUCAAGAAGAGACCAAAGUUUUGCUGUCCACGCUAUGGCGAACGCAAACAGACACAGAGCGACUGGGGAAAACGCUGCGUGGACAAGUUUGACAUCAUCGGCAUUAUCGGGGAGGGCACCUACGGCCAGGUGUACAAGGCCAAGGACAAAGACACCGGCGAGCUGGUGGCUCUGAAGAAGGUGCGUCUGGACAAUGAGAAGGAGGGCUUCCCCAUCACGGCCAUCCGAGAGAUCAAGAUCCUCCGCCAGCUCAACCACCGCAGCGUGGUCAACAUGAAGGAGAUCGUCACAGACAAACAGGACGCACUGGACUUCAAGAAGGACAAAGGUGCCUUCUACCUGGUGUUUGAGUACAUGGAUCAUGACCUGAUGGGUCUGCUGGAGUCGGGGCUGUGUCAGUUCUCCCAGGAACACGUGAGGAGCUUCAUGAGACAGCUGAUGGAGGGGCUGGACUACUGCCACAAGAAGAACUUCCUGCACAGAGACAUCAAGUGCUCCAACAUACUGCUCAACAACAGUGGUCAGAUCAAGCUGGCUGACUUUGGUUUGGCCCGCCUCUACAACUCAGAGGAAAGUCGACCCUACACUAAUAAAGUAAUCACGCUAUGGUACCGCCCACCUGAGCUCCUCCUGGGAGAGGAGAGGUACUCUCCAGCCAUCGACGUCUGGAGCUGCGGGUGUAUUCUGGGAGAACUGUUCACCAAGAAGCCCAUCUUCCAGGCCAAUCAGGAGCUGCUGCAGUUAGAGUUGAUCAGUCGUCUGUGUGGGAGCCCGUGUCCCGCUGCCUGGCCUGACGUCAUCAAGCUGCCCUACUUCAACACCAUGAAGCCCAAGAAACAGUACCGCCGACGGCUACGCGAGGAGUUUGCCUUUCUGCCUGCUCAGGCCCUGGACCUGCUGGACCGCAUGCUGACCCUUGACCCUGCGCGGCGCUGCACGGCCGAACAGGCCCUCAAUAGUGACUUCCUGUGUAACGUGGAGCCCAGCAAGAUGUCCCCGCCCAAUCUCCCUCACUGGCAGGACUGCCACGAGCUGUGGAGUAAGAAACGGCGACGCCAGCGUCAGAGCGGGCUGCCCGAGGAUGUGCCUGUGCCCAAAGUGCCCCGUAAGGACCCCUCGGGGGCUUCCAGUGGAGAGAACAGCCGGCCCCAAGCCAGCCCAGCUGGAGCUCCGCCCGGAAGACCACCCUCCUCAGCCAUCUCAGCCAAUGAGCUAGCAGGCCUGGGUGCUGCGGCAGAGCAGCUGAACCAGACAGAGCUGGCUGUACUGUUGAACCUGCUGCAGAGACAGACAGACCUCAGCCUGCCUCAGAUGGCCCAGCUCCUCAACGUCUCCUCCAACCCAGAGAGCCAGCAGCAGCUAGAGACCCUUAGCCAGUCCCUGUCUGCCUUGACCGAGGCCUCCCACCACCGGGGGGCCUCAGAGGACCAGGGUCCGGCUAGGUCCCAGCCCCCCGAACCUCCCCCAGAGCCUCAGGAGCCCUCCCCGCACCACAGCGAGCCGCCCCUCAGCCAGGACAACCAGACCAACCUCCUGGCCCUCCUAUUGGGCCAGCUCAUUAAGCCGCAGGCCGAGGCGACUGAGCAAGGCGACGAGAGCAAUGGCGUCCAAUCAGAGGAGGCUGUGACUCGCGGUUCGUCUGCCUCCACUGUUGAUCGCAAGGGCAAGUCUGGGUUCAGUCUCUAGGGGGAGGGGCAGAGAGCACUGGGUCAGGGGGAUCUCACAGGGGACUGGUGGACGAGGGGGAGGAGACUGGGCGGAGGGUGACGCCCCGUCAUAGCUUCCCUGUCAUGGUGCGGAUCUUGUCAUCGAUUAUUUUUCUGCUUACCAUAAAGCAGUUGUAAAUUCCUUUAUAAACGAGCUGAUGAGAUGAAAGAUCUUAACUAAAUGGCAAAUCGGAAGAAAGAUUCCACGGUUACUUUAAAUAUUUUUUGAGGAAGAUGAGUUUUAUGUUGUCUAGAACCACCUCCUCUCAACAACAGUUUCACCCCCCUACCCACCUUUUGUCUGUCUCACCCGUCUCCUACUUCAAAGGCUACUUUCACCCACUCAGUCACACGUAGGGUGGAAACAUACCAUACAUGAAGUUGGCAAGUUCUCAAGAUGUCUGACCAGAGAGUGGCUUCGGACGGCCCUGGUCACAUGGACUGGGCUUUGGGCACAAGGACUUUUCUCAUUGGUGUGAAUGUAAACUAAGAGAAGGUUUGUAGUUUUACAGCGUUAGAAAGACAACGGUUCACACUGCACUCUUCCCUUCAACCUUUCACUCCUGCCUCUCUAUCACCCUGUUUUCUUAUCCCACUCUUUCUCUCUCAUUUCUCCAUUUGUUAAGCAGGUUUCGUGGAUUGUUCUUCCUUCCAUAAAAAUAUAUUGAUUUAAAACCAGUCUGUAAUGUCAACAUUUUUAUGAAGAAAGUCUAAUAAAUUAUCAAGCAAAAAUAAAUGUUUUGAACCUUAGACUUCACCUGCAUGUCUUUCUUUUAACUUUUAUUUAAAUCACACAUUUUCAUUUUAUGUUUGUAUGUUGUCUUUUACAUUAGACCUCGGAAUCAUCCAACGCUUGUAAAGCGUUCUCCUCUGUAGUCUGUAUCUGUAGUCACCCUACUGUUGGCACUUAAGGCAACAACCCUGUUGCCUAGGAAACAACUGUAGCAGCAGUGUUGCCCGGUAGCCAUGACAGCAGACUGAGAAGGCAUCUCGCUCUGUCUCAGCUUUAUGGCCUGCAUGGAGCUUUACGCACCUCUCUCCCUGUAGUGUCAUCCCCCUCCCCAAACUUCAGGUUUUACCCCUCCCUAUCCAUAAUAACCCAUGCUCGUAUUGUUAUUGAAAUAUAACUUGUGUCUGUCAGGGUUGAACAAACCCUAAGGUGAGAAUCCCCUUCUACUAUGUAAAGCGCUUUGGGCGUCUCGAAAAGCGCUAUACAAGUCCAAUCGAUUAUUAUUGUUAUAAACACCCCCGUGUCCUGCGUCUUUCUUUUGUUGUUCACAUACGUGUGUGAAUAAAUGUUAUGUUGAUUA